AUGCCAGUAGUAAAGAAGGCCAUAAAAACCGUUUACUUGGAUACCAUUCCACAUGUAGUCAAACCUUUUGAAUUUCCAGCUCUUAGUUCUAUUAAAGCAUCCGAUCUCCCAAACAAUGGAUUUGGUAAUAAAAACUACUACAUACCGAAGACGAAGUUCGGACAUUGGCCAGUUUAUCUUAGAAUUCAAAACACCAAAAUCACAACUGAGAUCAAACGUUUGAAGGGAGAUCUAAUUCAGUUCAAGUCUGAUUUAUUGGAAUCCGUACCUGGUUUGGAGGCUAGACAUAUAUCGGUCAACCAACAGACUGGUAACGUUAACGUCAAGGGUGACCUUGUAGAUAUACUAAAGGAAGUAUUCACUCAAAAAGUGAAAAGUGAAAAGUUGAAUGAAAAAUAA